ACCAAGACCAGUCUCACUUGUAUUAAAUAAAUUGCUGUCCAGAUCUGAUGAAGCACAAUGUCCAAAGACAUACAGUAUCUGGUCAAAGAUAGCUUUAUGGGCAACAGUUUCUUCAACAUUCAACUCCAUGAUCGACCCUGAUGGAUAUGUAAAAUACGUUCUCUCUAGCUUGAACAAUUACAUGUUGAAUCCCUCUGGAGUUUGAAAAGGGAAAUGGAGAGAAGGGUAGUGAUCAUAGGAGCAGGAAUCAGUGGCCUUCUCGCCUGCAAGUAUUUGGUCGAGAAGGGCUUUGACCCGGUGGUGUUCGAGGCCGACGAUCGCAUCGGGGGACUCUGGAAUCGCACCAUUCGAUCGACCAAGCUCCAGAAUGCGAAGGAAACUUACCGGUUCUCAGACUUCGAUUGGCCGGCCUCCGUGCAGGACAUCUACCCGAGCCACACUAAAGUCCUGGACUAUGUAGAGUCCUAUGCUCUGCACUUCAGUUUAUAUCCUUACAUCAAGUUCCAUUCCAGAGUGAUUAGUAUCAAUUAUGUCGGGGAGUCGUUCAAAGAGAUGAAGAUGUGGGAUUUGUGGGGCGGGACAGGGACGGCCUUCGGCUCGAAAGGGAAGUGGCAUAUUACUGUCCUGGACACAGAGACUAAUGCCACAGAGGUUCACCAAGCUGAAUUUGUUAUUCUCUGCAUUGGACGGUUCAGCGGGCUUCCUAACAUUCCAGAGCUCCCACCGAACUAUCGCUCCGAAGUGUUUGAUGGCAAGGUGAUGCAUUCAAUGGAAUAUUCAGAUAUGGAGAAAUCUGCAGCUGCUGAAUUGAUCAAAGGAAAGCAAAUCACAAUCGUCGGUUCGCAGAAAUCGGCAGUGGAUUUAGCAUUUGAAUGUGCAAAAAUAAAUGGAGUCAAAUACCCUUGUGUGAUGAUCCAGAGGAAUCCUCAUUGGUUCCCGCCCAGCGAAAGCUUCUUAAUGUCUCACCUUGGCUACUUGUACUUCAAUCGAUUCGCAGAGCUGCUUCUUCAUAAGCCGGGACAAAACGUCCUGUACCGGCUUCUUGCCACAGUGCUUUCCCCAUUGAGAUGGGGCAUCUCGAAAUUCUCGGAAAUCUAUCUCCAGUGGAAACUCCCGUUGAAGAAGUACGGAUUAGUACCGAGACAAAGCUUUUUCGAGGACAUGUCUUCGUGUCAAAUUGGCGUUUUGCCCGACAAGUUCUACGAUAAAGUGGGGGAGGGAAGAAUCCUAAUCAAGAGGUCGGAGAGCUUUCGCUUCUGCAAGGAAGGUCUGAUAGUCGGCGGAGAAGACAAACCGAUCUCGAGCGAUCUCGUGAUCCUUGCUACCGGAUAUAGAGGCAAUCAGAAGCUCAAGAACAUUUUCAAAACUUCAGUCUUCCAAAAGUACCUCGUGUCUUCACCAACAUCAAUCAUUCCUCUUUACAGGCAGGUGAUUCAUCCUCGGAUUCCGCAGCUCGCGAUUAUAGGAUACGCAGAGGGCUUCGCGAACCUGCCGACCUCGGAGAUCAGAUGCCAGUGGCUCGUGCACUUCCUUGAAGGUAACAUCAAGCUGCCGAGCAUCGGGGCUAUGGAAAAGGACGCAGCGAGUUGGGAAAUUCACUUGAAGAGGUACGGUGGGAGGAAUUUCUGGAGAUCAUGCAUUGGAACCACCAACAUAUGGUACAAUGACCAGCUGUGCAAGGACAUGAACUGCAAUCCCAGAAGAAAGAAGGGGUUUUUGGCCGAGUGGUUCCAACCUUACGGACCAACUGAUUAUGCAGGCCUAACUGAUCAGAAACACUAAAAAACAGACAUAAACCUUCCUAUGAUCAGUGAUGGAUUCGACAUGUUGCUUGUGAUAUAUUAUAUUAUAGAAUAGGGGAUUGGUUCAUGAUAUGGUCGUAUGCUUGGAUUUUUAAGCAAAAGUCUACAAGAUUCGAGUCAUACGAAUGCAAAAAAUAGUGAUUUUUUGGCAUUUUGAAUGUAACUUCUUGAGACAACCCGCCCUUGAUACCAUGCUCUACAGAAUGAGGGUGCUAAAGACAUAUUUUCAUAUGGUGAUUUGAGAUAAGCGUAUUUUCAA